UUCUCUCUCUACACGCUCCCACCCUCCAUUACUACUCUCUCUCUCUCUCUACCCGCUUCCUCUCUCUGUCUUUUCUCUCUUUUGACAUCAUUUUUCAUAAUUCAUGCACAGUUGAAUUGUCUUCAUUACUUCUCUCUCUAAACACUACAUCUCGUUUUCUCUCUCUAACCGUUCCCUCUUUAUUCAUUCUCUCUCUCUCUCUACAUUUGUUUACACAAAAUUGAAUUGUAUUAAUUUCUUCCGAUCGUCUCUGAUCAAGGCUAACGCCCUCUGAUCGCCCUCUGAUCCAGGGUUCCUGUCUUUGUAUCAGUUAAUCAGGAGAGGGAUUAGGCCUGGAUUCUAGAGAAGGAGCAGCGCCUUCUGAGGAUGGCGCUGUUCAGAAGGCUAUUCUAUCGGAAGCCACCAGACCGGCUUCUCGAGAUUUCAGAGAGAGUUUAUGUAUUCGACAGUUGCUUCUCCACAGAUGUGUUGGAGGAAGACGAGUACAAGGUUUACUUGCGAGGAAUAGUGGCGCAGCUACAAGACUACUACCCCGAUGCGUCUUUCAUGGUUUUCAACUUUAGAGAGGGAGAAAAGCGAAGCCAAAUCACCGACAUAUUAUCUCAAUAUGACAUGACUGUGAUGGACUAUCCCCGCCACUUUGAAGGCUGCCCUUUGCUCCCUUUAGAGAUGAUCCACCACUUUUUGAGGUCAAGCGAGAGCUGGCUAUCCUUAGAAGGCCAGCAAAAUGUGUUGCUUAUGCAUUGCGAGAGAGGUGGUUGGCCUGUUUUGGCAUUCAUGCUUGCUGGGCUUUUGAUUUAUAGAAAACAGUACACGGGGGAGCAGAAGACCCUGGACAUGGUGUAUAAGCAAGCCCCACGAGAGCUUCUCCAGCUCCUAUCACCUUUAAACCCAAUUCCUUCUCAAUUGAGAUAUCUCCAGUACAUUUCGAGAAGAAGUGUUGGUUCAGACUGGCCUCCUUCUGAUAGGAUCUCAACUCUGGAUUGCCUGAUUCUUAGGGUCCUUCCUAACUUUGAUGAGGAAGGUGGUUGCAGGCCUAUCAUACGCGUUUACGGCCAGGACCCCUCUAAAGUCACGAAUAAGGGUCCUAAGGUUCGGUUUUCCAUGUCAAAACAGAAGAAGCACGUUCGACAUUACAGACAGCCGCACUGUGCACUGGUUAAAAUGGAUAUUCAUUGCCAAGUACAAGGCGAUGUUGUGCUUGAGUGUAUCCAUUUAGAUGAAGAUCUAGAGCGUGAGGAGAUGAUGUUUAGGGUGAUGUUCAACACGGCAUUUAUCCGGUCAAAUAUCUUGGUGCUUAACCGUGAUGAAAUCGACAUAUUAUGGAAUGCCAAGGACCAGUUCCCCAAGGACUUCAAAGCAGAGUUAAUCUUCUCGGACAUGGAUUCUGUUGCUCCUUCUAUUGACACCAAAGUUGCACCUGGCAAUUUGGAUGAGAAGAGUGCCCUUUUGGUGGAGGAAUUCCAUGAGGUUCAGGAGAUCUUUGACAGUUCAGAGUGGUCCCAUGAUGAGGAUGUUGCCCCCGAUAUACUUCCUCCUGUAACUGCAAAAAAUGGUGUUCACUGUGGAUCGGAACAUGGUGCUAUGCAAAAGGAUAUCAAGAAUAACAUCGUCCAGCCUAAGUUGGAGCAGAAUGGUGUGCACCACAAAUCUGAGCCUGCUGUUCCUGAAGAGAAUGUUGGAAAGCCUAAGGUAGAGCAGAAUGGUGUGCACCACAAAUCUGAGCCUGCUGUUCCGGAAAAGAAUGUUGGAAAUAUUAUCUCACAAAUAAAGUUAGGGGCCAAUGGUGUGCAUAAUAAUAGGUUCCAACCCAGUGUUCUGCAAGAGAGGGCAGAAAACAUUGUUUCCCAGCAAAAGUUAGAGACAAAUUUUGCUCAUCACAAAUUGGAACCUAGCGGUCGGCACACAAUAACAGAAAUUUUUUUUUCUCAUCAGAAGUUAGAAGUGAGUGAUGCACACCAUAAAUUGGAAUCAAGUGCUCUGCAAAAGACUACGGAUAACAUUGAUCCCAAGCAUAAAAUGGAGAUGAAUGGUGUACACUAUAAGCUGGAACCUGUUGUUCCUCAACAUAAAAUAGAGAACAUGCUUUCCUUGAAGGAUUUAGUCUUGAAUGGUGUGCACCGUAUUUUAGAAACGGGCCUUUCUCAAAAGGAAAAAGAGAAAAUUGUAUCCCAACAGAAAUCAGAGCCCCAAGAGAAGUCUGAAGCUAAUGCUCAUUCCCUGACGACUGAAAGUUCAUUGUCCCCCCCAACCCCCAAACUACAACCUAUUGCACGUGUUGAGGCAGUGAGGAAUUCAGUUUUUCCCAAGCAAAAGAUUAAACAGGAUGAAUCAGAGGUUCCUCUUGCAAAACCCACAAAACCCAAGAAAGUUCCUCGGUGGAUUCCACCAAGGCCUGAACCAAAUCCAGGUUAUGCAAACCCUCUCCAUGUCUCACCUCAUCCUCCUACUAGAUAUAACAGUUCACCUGCUGCUCUUGGCAUCACUCCUUUUCUAGAUUAUGCUUCAUAUGAGAACACAGUCACAUUGCCUUCUACUGCUGAAUUUGAAGAUGUGGAUUCAGAGGGGAAUGAAUCCACAUCCUCUAAUGGUUUGCCUGAGGCUAAUUCUAUUGCACCUCCACCGACUGUGCAAACUUAUCCAAUGGGGACAAUGCCUAAACAACCAUCUCCUUUUUCACAAGUGGCAUCUGUUGUGAGUUCAAUGUCUACGACUUUACAUGAGAAAAAUACUGCUCUAUUGCCACCAUCACCCCCUCCCCCAUUUCCACUAACGAUGGGUUCUACAACUUCACGAUUACUGCUCUUCCAAACAGUGGCUUCUCCGCCCCAUCCACCUCUACCCCCUCCACCACCUCCAUCAGGGACUUCAUUGAAAGUCAUUUUCACUCCACCUGCCCCUCCGCCACCCCCACCACCACCACCACCACCACCCGGCUCUUGUAUUCCUCCUCCUCCACCACCACUACCUUCGCCGCCAAGAGCCACAUCAUCAGGUCUCCAAUUUCAGACACCUCCACCUCCUCCUCAGCCACCACCUCCUCUACGCUCAGGUUCUCGCUUUUAUGGCCCACCCUCCUCCCCCUCCUCUCCACCUUCUCGGUCUCCUCCUCCCCCUCCCCCUCCCCCUCCCCCUCCACCUCCACCUCCUUCUGCUUUUGUAAGCACUUCUUUGUCACCUCCACCUCCACCACGACCACCACCACCACCACCACCUCCUUUGCAUAUGGGGAGCACCGCUCAAGGUUCCUUGCAAGGCCUCCCACCCCCUCCCCCUCCCCCUCCCCCUCCUCCUCCUCCUCCUCCUUCUCCUCCUCCUCCCAUGCCAAAGGUCGGUGGUUUGGGUGCUCCUCCUCCUCCUCCACCUCCCCCACCUCCCACUGGAUCUAUGCCUUCUCUUUCUCAAGGUUCUAUUCCGCGUGGAUCAGCACCUCCUCCCCCUCCACCUCCUCCUCGUCCUGCUACCACUCCCAAUGCUCCUCUUCCUCCGCCUCCUCCUCCUCCCCCUCCAGGUCGUGGAGCUCCACCUCCUCCAGGUCGUGGAGCUCCACCUCCUCCUCCUCCCCCUCCAGGUCGUGGAGCUCCACCUCCUCCUCCCCCUCCAGGUCGUGGAGCUCCGCCUCCUCCUCCUCCCCCUCCAAGUCGUGGAGCUCCGCCUCCUCCUCCUCCCCCUCCAGUUCUUGGAGCUCCUCCUCCUCCUCCUCCGCCUCCAAAUCGUGGAGCUCCAGCUCUCCCUCCGCCUCCAAAUCGUGGAGCUCCCCCUCCACCUCCCCCUCCUGGAGGAUGUGGAGCUCCACCGCCCCCUCCCCCUCCUGGAGGACGUGGGGCUCCACCUCCCCCUCCCCCUCCUGGAGGUCGUGCUCCCUGUCCUCCAACGCCUCCAAGGGCACCAGGAGCUGGGGCACCCCCACCGCCUCCCCCAGGGGUUGGUAAGCCAAUGGCUUCAAACUUAUCACUUGGGGAUAGGGGGCGUGGACCUUCACGCCUUGUGCAGCCAUCAACUCGCCGAACGUCUCUAAAGCCUCUUCAUUGGGUCAAGGUAACAAGAGCGGUGCAAGGCAGCUUAUGGGCAGAGUCGCAAAAUUAUGAUGAGGCUUCCAAAGCUCCGGAGAUAGAUAUAAUAGAACUUGCGAGUAUCUUCUCUACUGUGGUGCCAACUUCAGAUGGAAAAUCAGGGGAUAAAUCUGAAGGAAGGCGCAAGUCUCUUGGGAAACCGGAUAAAGUUCAUUUGAUUGAACAGAGACGAGCUUAUAAUUGUGAAAUCAUGCUCACGAAGGUCAAGAUACCUCUCUCCGAUCUUAUGAGUGCAGCACUUGCAUUGGAUGAUUCGAUUCUUGAAGUUGAUCAGGUGGAAAAUCUUAUAAAGUUCUGUCCUACAAAAGAGGAAAUGGAGCUUCUUAAGGGGUACACUGGGAGCAAAGAAAAUUUGGGGAGAUGUGAACAGCUGUUUUUGGAGAUGAUGAAAAUUCCACGGGUUGAAUCAAAGCUCAGAGUUUUUUCAUUUAAGAGUCAGUUUAACUCUCAGAUAGUUGAUUUCAGAAAGAGUUUAAACCUCGUGAACUCUGCCUGUGAAGAGAUAAGAAACUCCAUCAAAUUGAAAGCCAUCAUGAGGACCAUCCUUUUAUUGGGCAAUGCAUUAAACCAGGGAACUUCUCGGGGUUCUGCAGUAGGAUUCCGGCUGGAUAGCCUUCUAAAAUUAUCAGAUACCCGUGCUUCUAGCGGGAAGAUUACCCUUAUGAACUAUCUAUGUAAGAUUCUUGCCGAUAAGCAACCGGAACUUCUUGAUUUUCACAAGGAACUUUUCAGCUUGGAAAGUGCAUCCAAGAUUCAGUUAAAGUCUUUGGCAGAAGAAAUGCAAGCAAUCACGAAAGGGCUUGAGAAGGUUGAGCAGGAGUUGGCUGCAUCUCAGAAUGAUGGCCGUGUUUCAGAAGGUUUCCACAAGACGUUGAAGGAGUUUCUUGUGACUUCUGAAUCCGAAGUGAGAUCCUUGACUUCACUCUAUUCUGCAGUGGGCAGAAAUGCAGAUGCCCUUACCCUCUAUUUUGGGGAAGACCCAGCUCGCUGCCCAUUCGAACAAGUCAUGUCAACACUGUCAAAUUUUGUGAGGAUGUUUAAGAAUGCACAUGAGGACAACUGUCGCCAGGCCGAGCUUGCGAGAAAGAAAGCAGAAAAAGAGGCAGAGAAGGAGAGGAUGAAGGCCUCGGCUCCUCCUACGAGGAGAGGAGAGAGAGAGGGGGAGAAGGAUCGGCCAAUGAAUCCAUUGGCUUCAGCAAGGAAAAAAACAGGAUGGGAGUCUGUUGCUCUUGCUCUUGGUGGCUAAUAAAUCACGUGGGAUAAAUGAAUGGGUGGGUUUCUUUCACGAGGGAGGAGGAGGAGGGGUCGUGAGUUUAGUAGAAAAUGGCCCCUUCAGAUGCAUUGGGAGUUUCCAUAUGAGAACCUCAAUUGUGAUAUAUGGGGGCAAGCAACUGCUUUCCAGCGAGGAGCGGCUGGUGUGAUCAGGUUUGGAUAUUGGUGAUGGUAUAAAAAUCCGACUUGCGGUCAAUUCUUUUUGUAAUAUAGAUUUUUUUCUCGGUUCGUUUGUUCUUUGCUUCUUGAGGCUUUUUCCUCGGAGCCCUUGUAUCAUAUAGAGAGAGAGAGAGAGAGAGAGAGAGAGAGAGAGAGAGCUAUUUGCGGGUAGGGCCCAGCAAAACACAGAGAGAGAGAGAGAUGCACAUAUACAAGCUUGUUCAGUGUGAUUGAUGGGACGAUAUUACUUGGUGUGCAAGGUCAAGUUUUUUGUUCAAAUGAAGUUCUUUGGCAGAAGCUUCAUAUUGUAAAUGUUCAUGUGCUCUUAGGUCUGAGCUCAUUGCUCAACGGAUGGUAGUUUGUUUGUUUGGAUGGGUUAUGUGACCCAAAAAUCAGGAAAAAUGUAAAAUAAAAAUUCCAUCAAGGGAAUAAUUUGUCUUAUUUUUA